AUGAAGACCAGUGGCUUACAACCUUACCAAGGCGAACCGAUUGCUGAUCCAGCUUGGAUAGCUCAAUACAACGAAGAGAGAAGUGCCGAAGAAGAGAGAAGACAGCUGCUUAUGUCUCGCUUGAACGGAACCGUCCCCGUAUCAAAUUGGUAUGUGAAAUGUAUACACUAUAUGUGAGCUCAGAGACAGAGCUCGUGUUUACAUUCUGUGUAGACGCUACGGCGUAUACGCAGGCUAGUGUUGACACUCAUGUAAAAAUAUUUUCCUGUUUCGUUUGAGAAAUCACAAUGAAUAUUAUAUGGUGUUUCUUUUUAUUUCAGGUGUACAUGCGAACUAUGUAAAGUCGAUUUACUGGUAAAUGAGAGAGGCUCAAUGCUGCCAAGAAAUCGAAGGCUGCUUAGAAGCGUUAGGUACAGAACUUGUUUUACAAGAAGUAGGUGCUGAGCCAAAUUGCAUAACGCUUCAUCCAGGCUUUGGUUCGGUCUGUUUAUCACCCUGGUCAUUGCGUCUGGCAGGGCGUAAAUUUCGAAAAAUAGAUGGCAGGAAGUAUAACGUGGAAGGUGAUGAAAACAGGCAAGACACAUAUAUGUAAUAAUAUAUAUAUAUUUAUUAUAACAAUAUAAUAUAGCCAUUUUUAACCCUGAUAAAUCCCCACAAUUUGUUAUCAAUCAGAAAAUUUCAUUUAUAUAAAACUAUUACAAAUAUUACAUGAAAAGUUUUUUAUAUUAUAUGUAUUUCCUAAGUGUUGCCUAUAGAGAGUAUAUACAAUUGGUUUAUGGAUACUUGGGAAAGAGAAGAAUACCUUUACCAGCAUGUGGUUAUCAUGCCAUAAGACAAGCUUUUGGUGGAAAAGACUUCAAAGGUUUUGAGGAUGAUGAAGAGUUGGAAUGAUAUCAUCAUAAUAAUAUUAUGCAUCCAAAAGUGCCCACCCCCAGGGCUUCUGACAUUUUAAAUAAAUCUUGUUAACCCAUUAAUCGCCAGCACUCUCCCCUUGACGAGUAAAAUCGUCUGGCAUUAGAAAGAGUAAAAUAAUAAAGUAGGGUGCAUCAGGGCGCAAUGCGACUCAAUGGGUUAAAUAGACAAAUGGGCAGAUAGGCCAGUUAACCCAUUAAGCACCAGCGCUCUCCCCUUGAUGAGUAAAAUCGCCUGGCGUUAGACAGAGUAAAAUAAUAAAGUAGGGUGCAUCAGGGCGCAAUGCGACUCAAUGGGUUAAUUCCAAGAUUGGUAAAAAAGUGGAAAGUUCCCCGAAGUGGGACUGAUGUCCGAGGCAUAUCCCCCAUUUGCAAACACUUGAAGUGAGAUCAAUACAAAAACUGAUUUGGAUUAAUUUUAUAAGGCCAAAAAAUAAUACCAGGGUUCCUGGUGUUUAGAGCUCACUGGUUUGUGAUAGAUGUAUAAAACUCAUAAAAAUGAAAUUAAAAAAUUCAAAACCGACCUACUCUUCCUAGGUUUUUGUAACAUAUAGUAGGAAACCAUGGUAUUUUUUGGCCUAAUUGAUUUCAAAUGCCUCACCACUGGGUUGAGGUUGGUUUUCAAAUGACCCACCCCUGGGAAACAUAAAAUGAGCAAGUGCCUGUGGGGGGGGGGGUGCACUCUGGAUUUGAACAAUGCAUAAAAAAUUAAUACAUCUGUAUAAUUUAAUCAGCUAGUAUGUAGUUUGCAAAUGAGUGUAAUGUCAAAUUUUUUUGUAAUUAUUUUUUAUUACGAGGACAUUCC